AUGGCUUCCAAAGCACUCGCGAUCAUUGCCGGCGUUGGCCCUGGCACGGGCGCCUCAAUCGCCAGGAAAUUUGCAAAGUCUUACUCUGUUGUAGUUCUGGCUCGAAACCCAGACAACUACGACCCAGUCGUUCAAGAAAUCAAUUCCAGCGGCGGCCAGGCCAUCGGCAUCAGUACCGAUGUCUCCGACUCGAAGAGUGUCAAUGCCGCAUUUGACAAGAUUCAAGCGCAGUACCCUUCCUCAAAGGUAGCUGCUGCUGUUUUCAAUCCAGGUGGCGGCUUCGUGGUCAAGCCAUUCCUUGAGCUAAAAGAAGAAGAUUACACGACUGCACUCAGGUCACAGGCACUGGGCGCCUUUAACUUUGCCCAGCGGGCUCUUCCGCUGCUCCUGCAAGCUCGCGAAUCGUCAGAGUAUCCGCCCACGCUGAUCUUCACCGGAGCUACUGCCAGUCUUAAGGGAUCGGCUAAGUUUGCUGCUUUUGCUUCGAGCAAGUUUGCACUGCGUGCGUUGGCGCAGUCACUUGCUCGUGAGUUUGGGCCGCAGGGUAUACAUGUCUCUCAUACUAUUAUUGACGGUAUCAUUGAUAUCCCUCGUACCAAGGCCUGGGUAUUUGAGCAUGAAGACGCGAAAAUAAGCCCCGACGCUAUUGCGGACUCAUAUUGGUAUUUGCAUACUCAGCCACGCACGACAUUUGCAUUUGAGUUGGACCUACGACCUUACAUUGAGAAGUGUAAACGGCCCAGCCAACCUUCGAAGCUGUCACCUCUCACCUCAACCCUCCUCAACACUCGGAUACUCACCAUGAGCUCCGAUAACGCCUCGCCGCAGGCAGGCCAGAAUUAUAGCAACACUUCUCCGAACGACUCCUCCCGAUCCCUCCCUGGCCACAACCCCGCGAUCGCGAAAUAUAGCAAGGUCAAACUCCGGCCAGAGACAAUUGUGAGGCCUGAUCUUUUCACAUUGUACUUUGGAUUUUUCGGCACAGCAGCCUGGACGCGAAAGGUCUCAAACACAGUGAACGAGCGAGUGGAGAACCACUAUGUGCUGACAGCACGAUCCCCGACCCAAGACGAAUUCGAUGCAAUGGUUGAGCACUCAACGCGAUGCCUGUACCAGUCGCGGAGGGGUAUACCCGUAAGCUCAUUCAUCGGAACAGCAUACCUCCUCAACCAAGCACGCAAGUCACCACUGUUUCCGAGCAAUCCCACCCCAGCUUCACUAUUGAAUACGGUGCGUAACAUGUGGGCCGAUAAUGCCUUAAGAGGCAACAUCAGCACAGCGGUAUUCAAACUGGUCUUUAUUGUUAGUCUUGGAAGCAUGGCAUCGAGCGCUUACGCGGUUUCCCAAGAUGCCAUGCGAAUGUUGACGGAUCCGCGAUUGAAGCGGUUCGUCGAGGACGUACGCAGGGCGAAACCCGAGGACGUGCGCAAGCGUAAGAUCCAGGCCGCUAGCGAGCGUGUCCGCAGCGUCCGCAGUGGCGAGAAAGACAUUGGCUCCCAGGUGCGACAGGCCAUCAGCAUGCCUGGUGGAUAUGCAGGCGACGAUGUGUACGAACCGGAGCAGGCGUCUUACGAUGCUCCCGCGCAGGCGAAUUCUUACUCUGAAUACAUAAACACCAAUGAUACCCAGGCGAGCUCUCAAUCCCCUUCGUCCGAGUCUCAAUCGGGUUCAAAUGGUGGUGCAAUCUGGGCACGCGGCAGAGGCACUCAACCCGAAUCAAAAUCGGCUUUGGAUAUCCUGGAGGAGGACGAUGCUAGCCCUACCGCUGCAGAAUACCGGAAUACAAACAUUGAUGGGUCACCGAGUACUGGCAGUGCCUGGGACCGGAUCAGACGACAGAAUGCCGGAGCACGACCCCAGCCUCGACAGCAGCCCGUGUCACAGCCUUCACCGAACCCUCUCUCUGCUGGGUUUGGCCAGAGUGACCAAGAAAAGUAUGACUCCACUCAGAAGACUGAGAGGGAUCAAGCACAGGCAGAGUUUGAUCGCAUGAUUGAUGCGGAAAGAAACAUUGGCAAUGAUGGAUCAUCUCGAAACCGCGGUUGGUGA